AUGAUACAUCUUCCAUUUGUUGAUGAUAUCCGACCGCUACCACCUCAUGCUGAAAUUACAUCUGCUCCGGAUGAGAUGAUUGAUCUCCUGAAACCAAUUGUUGAUAAACUGCAUAUGAAAGACGGAUUUGAUCCUAGCAAAUUCAAUAAUCCUGAAUUUAUACGCUUCUAUGAUGUAUUACAAUCUAUGGCAUUUGAUAAGGAAAUUCCAUUAGGCGUUGAAGAUUCGACAGUACCAAAAUUUGCAACGAUAAACAAGCGCGUCGGAAAAAUUAUUGAAGCGUUCAAUCAUGAGGCAGAUCAACGAAGUGUAGAAUUGCUUGCCAACCAAAUGACCAUUCAAUCUAAAAAAUCAACAUCUCGUGGAACUCGUGGAGCCACUC